AUGAACCACAGCUACUGUGAGGUUGGGAGUCAUCCCGACCCCCAGACGGGGGAGACGGGACUGAUGGGCGUCACGACGUACCAGAACAUUGUGCUGGUCAGUUUGGUCAUCUCCAGCUUCCUCAGUCCGCUGGGCAUCGUCUUCAACAUCAUCAACAUCAUCGUCUACGUCAAGCUGGGCUUUAACGAGAGCACCAACAUCAUCCUGGCCAGCCUGGCUGUGGCCGACACGUGCAUCCUGCUCACCCUGUUGGGCUACACGGUCAACUCCAACCCGCUGGUCGUCUUGUCCGCACCCAGCUUUGACAUCCUCGCGGCGGUUGGCUACCUCGUGCUGGGCUGGCCCAACGUUCUGGCAACCCGAAUAGCGGGUUGUCUCACAACCUUUCUGACCUUUGAAAGGUUCGUGUGUGUGGCCUGGCCUCUGAAGGUCAAGGCUCUGGUUACCAAGGCAACGGCUGUCAGAUUUACUCUCGGGCUGUUUGUCUUCUCGGUGGCCUACUCGGUUCCCAUGUAUCUGGCCAACAGCAUCGGUCUGAGGUUCAACCCCAUGUCAAACCAAACCUCUGUUGGACUUAUCGUGGCGGAGAACAGCGACGUCCUGGAGGGCGUGUCCCGCAGCAUCAACAUCAGCAUCGAGUUCCUGUCCUUCUCGCUCGUCAUUCUCUUCACGGGAGGCCUCAUUCAAGCCUUCUUCCGGUCAACCCAAUGGAGGAACCAAACUGCUUCCGUUACUAAAAAUAGCAACUUUUCAAACCGGGACCGGAUGCUGUUGAGGAUGGUUCUAUUAAUAUCCUUUGUUUUCAUUGGCUGUUCUCUCCCCCUGGUUGUUGCUGACGUCGUGAUGCUAUUGGUCAAAGAUUACAAUGUCAAGGGCAAAGAGCAGAAUCUAUUUAUAGCAACCAUCUACAUCUGCUUCAACCUCAGCUCCAUCAACUCCACCGUCAACAUGUUCAUCUACCUGAAGAUGAGUUCUAAAUUUAGAAACGUUUUCUACCAGUUGUUUCAUCGUGCUAAGAAAGGUUUACCCAAGGGACGGACUGUGAAAAUAGUUGUCUCUUAA